AUGGCCACCAUCCACCUCGCCAUCCUCGAUGACUACGCAGACGUCGCCCCCAAGCAUUUCAAACACAUCCCCAACCUGCAACUCGACUCCUUCCCCGACACCCUGGACCCCUCCACCCCAGCAGGCCUGGAAGCCCUCGCCAAACGCCUCGAGCCCUACCCCAUCGUGUCCUGCAUGCGCGAACGCACAGCCUUUCCCGCAGAACUGAUCCAGAAACUCCCGAACUUGAAACUCCUCCUCUCAAGCGGAAACCGCAACGCAGCACUGGAUUUGGAGGCUUUGAAGGAGAGAGGCGUGCCUGUGACGGGCACGAAGGGGGAUUCCCCGUCGAAGCCGUCUGGAGAGUUUGAUGCGCCUCCUCCGCCGGGGUACUCCGCCGUUAACCAGCACGCGUGGGCGUUGUUGUUGAGUCUCUGCGGUCGGAUCCCGCAGGAUGAUCGGAAGCUGAAGACCGACGCCGGGGCGUGGCAGAAUGGACUCGGGGUGUCGCUGGGCGGGAAGACGUUGGGGCUCGUGGGGUUGGGGAAGUUGGGCACGGCGAUGGCGAAGGUGGGCGUGUUGGGGUUCGGGAUGAAGGUCGUGGCGUGGAGUGAGAAUCUGACGCAGGAGAAGGCGGAUGAUGCGGCGCGGGGGUCGGGCUUGGAGACGGGGACGUUCAAGGCCGUCUCCAAGGAGGAGCUUUUCAAGACGGCGGAUGUGGUCAGUUUGCAUCUUGUGCUUUCGGGGCGGAGUAAGGGCGUUGUUGGGGCGAGGGAGUUGGGGUGGAUGAAGAGGAGUGGGUUGUUGCUUAAUACGUCGAGGGGUGGGUUGAUUGAUGAGGAGGCGCUGAUUGAGGCGUUGAAGGAAGGGGGGAUUAAGGGUGUUGCGUUGGAUGUGUUUUGGCAGGAGCCGAUUCCGAAGGAGAGUCCUUGGAGGAGUGUGGAUUCUUGGGCGAAGAGUGAAGUUGUGCUGAGUCCGCAUAUGGGGUAUGUGAAUGAGGGGACGAUGAAUCGAUGGUAUCAAGAACAAGCAGAAGAGCUGGAACGCUGGCUCAAGGGCGAAGAGCUCCAAAAUAGGAUGGCUUGA